GGGAAUGCCCCAGUCUUCUUCAGAAGAGAGCAAUAAACUGUUGGAUUCACAUCGCUGUUUUUGUUGCCUUCCUGGAGCUCCUGCUUACUGAGGAAACACACAGAUGAUCUGCAAUUUAUACCAACAACCUGGUGACCCUCGACGUGAUGAAGCUGAUCAGGUAAGACAUGAAUUUGGUUUUGACUGCCUGAUAAGCUUCAUUACUAAAGAGUAAUCCUUGGCUGGGAUUUUCCCUGACAAGCCAAGACGAGCGCGCUAUACAAAAGUAGAACGAUCAUUCUGUGUGUUUUCUAGUAAGUAUUUACUAACAUGGGUGGUUCAUACCCCAAGCCUGAGAUAGGGGAAAGCCCUAAAGAUUGGAUGUCUCGAUGUGGGUGGGGAUAUUACACUAAUCCCUGGUUAGAUAAUCUAGCAGGGUGGACUAAGGCACAAGCGAUGCGUCCCUAACCUAGAGAUGGGUCAUUCGACCCCUAUGUGCUAAAACGGGCUCACAAAUUAAUUUAUGAAAGUGAAGGAGAUCCCGAAUGGGUCUAUGAUUAUAUGAGAAAGGGUUAUGAAAUCUGGAUGAAGAUGAUGAGUGUGUGGAAUGACAAACAAAAUAUUAACCUACCAAAAGAGGUAAAGAAAUUAAUUCCGAAGGCUCUUAAAGGCUCAGCAUCAAAGAUUGAGGUAAAAAGAAAGGAGACACCCUUUUGUUGAGAUAACAAAAGAUUUUUAGUUAAGUUGAUUAAAACAAUAGCAUGGUGGUUACUCGCCGUCGUUCGCAUGCGCACAACUCUCCGGAGUCAACAAGGCAUUUGAACCACGAGAAGGCAAGGAGCCAUUUUCUCUCCUUCAGCGGUGAGCAAGUUUUAUGCAUAUAUGCAUCAGCCCUUAUGGCGUCUCUGACGGUGGAAUACUGGAGGUCAUCAAAGGCUCGACGAGAUGCAGAACUGUCCACUACAUUUGCUCUCCUUUCUAGAUCCUUCCAGCUGGUUUACAAAAAUGAGGCUGUCGGUAUCUUUUUACACAGCAUUCACAAUUUAGCACACAUUAAAGACAUGAUAGUGUGGCAACCACAUAAAUGUUGGCCCUCUUACUGAAAGAUUAUUUUAAUAAGGUUUAGAUUAAAUAUUUUUCUUUCAGUAUACACACACUCACACAGAUACUUAUACAUAUAUAAAGAGCAAAAAUGCUGGUAUUAACACUGCUUAUGAUUUUGUGCUAUAUAAAUAAAACCUGAAAUUGAGUUGAAUUAGAAUUUGAACUUGAUUUAGGGUUGAAGUUUAUUUAACCAUAAUUGUAGAUCAGGUCUUUGUGAAUAUUUCAUACAGUAACACAACUUGUGAUUGUAUUCUUUAUGGACUGUUGCCUAAAUGGGAUCUGAUACAGAUCAUCUUAUGCCCAUGGCAAAAAAAAAAAAAAAAAACCUGACAAAAUAGAGAUAUAUUUUAAAACUUAUUUUAAUUGUUUUAAUAUUUGAUGUUGUUUUCAAUUUAAUACAAAAUUCAUUUUGUAUAAUAAAAAGAUUUUCAAGAACUUAGUUUACAUGUUUCUGCAUUAUUCCAGACAUUCUGUGUUAUUAGGGAUUUGUAUACACUUAUCUACAAUAAAACAAUAGGGUCAAUGUGGCAUAACUCUGUUAAAUGCUCAUUAGGUUUUGUUACUGGUAAGUAUUAAUACUUAUAGAUGAUCAAUACUAGCUUUGCUAUUGCCAAAUAAGUUUUCAUUAUCUUACAUAUGUCUGUAAGCCAACACUGGUCUCACACUGAGAUCCUGCUCUGUUCUCCUCACAAUAGAGUCAAAUUACAUUUCUCUGACUGCUGUUCUGUCCACAGGCUCAUAAUUGUAUGACUGUGGUCUGUCGUUUGUGUGAAUAUCUCAGAAUAUCUUAUCUCUGCAUUCAAACAAGCGCACCACGAUUAGUUGUCUUCGUACUGUUCGUACUGAUCUCCCUGGUCCGACAUCACUUCCGGUGUAGUCUGGCAAUUUUUCAGAUGCCGAAGAACUUUUUUUUUUUUUGACAAAAAACGACUCCAGGUGGCUUAAUAAUAAACUUUAAUGUUAAUUUAAAAAAAAUAAUUAAGUUCCUACUUUACUCUUACGCACAUUGACUCACUGGGUGUUUAACCUACAAUAUGCUCUUCAACACCAAACAUUUUUACAUGUAACCGGCAGAUUUUAGUUUGCCUUUGCAAAACUGUCUGCUUCUAAAUUUGGUUUUAAUUGGCUUGACAGUGUAAAAGAAGCUUGUGACCACUAGAUCACAGAUUUUAAACCAUGCAUUUCCUUGCAGAGCUCAAAACAAUGUAAAAGAACUGUUGUCCUGUUUGGCCUUCCUUAUUGCAUGAAAGUGGACACCAAGUUCAUCAAAACUUGUGAGACAACUGAUGAGGAAAGCCUCAUUCACACUACAAGCAACUCACAGCGGCAACGCGACAAGCAACCAUUCAUUUCAACGGAGAGCAAGGUACUUCUGGCGACCUCCAUCUACGCGAGCGACAGCAACCGUUGACGACAAGGUGGGCGUGUCGAGCGUCAUGAUAACGUUGAGAAUGCUUCAACUUUCUUAAGCAACAGCCAAUAGGAGCACCAGUAGAGCUCACAUGAUCCUCUCUCAUCUCGCUCAGAGGCUAAUUGUAUUCAUGCUGUGUAGACCUACUCAGACCUGCGUUUGAAGCAGGUCGCCAACCAAAGCAACAGGCAUCUACGAAGUUGCUGCUAUUCUGAAUAAGGCAGAAGAGGCAGUGAAAGGAAUAAAUGUUGAACUAUUGAUAGCCAUAGAGGAGAACACCUCAAAACUUUUUCCAAGAGAAAUAAUGCAUGUGGCUGUGGUGUGAGAGGAAGAGGUUGUACGGUGGCCUGAGGGAUGUCAGAUGUCUUUGCUGUGCUAAUAGGGAUUCUUCUUGCCCUGAAUAUCACUUAUCUCAAGGAAGUAAAUAUACAUUUGACAUCCCCCUAAAAGAUCCUGAGAAUUGGUGGUGAAGCAUGCUCUGCAAAAGUAUAUAGAGUAAGAAUCAAACUCUUAAGUGUUUUGUGGAUUUUGCUCACCCAUGCUCAAACUUACUGAUAAUCAUGUUGUUCAUUUAACUUCAAGGACUAAACCUCAAUCAAAUGUAUCGAGUUGCUUACCCUUAAUGAAAAGGGAAACAUUUGUUGGAUAAGCAACGUCAUUACUACUUCUACUGGUAACCCUAUUGGGAUUGACACAGGCCCACACUGAAGUACACAACUUAUUCUGGCAGUAUGCCAACUGGACUGCAUGACAGACAACCAUUGAGUCAUGUGUUGUCUGCCAAGAAGUGUUCUCCUCUGCUGUGCUGCUGUGACUAUAUCCUUGAAACCUUUGCCUUUUACAUGUACUAAACUUGCUUUUUGUACAAAUGCUUUGGGAGAUAUUUAUGAGUGGCGCCCCACAUGUGUUUCCAACAAAAAAACAUGGAAGCCCCUUUGCAGAUCAAUUAGCAGAAAGAAUCAUACUGUUGUAAUACCUACACCUAGAACUAUGGGUUUGAAUAUUUUGUUGACGAAACCCCAGGGGUUCACUUUUUCUUUUUACUUUAAUGGGACAAAUGGUGGUAAUGUAUCCACCUUAAGAGCUAAAGAUUGUAAUAUAGUAAUUGGCGAAAGGGAUCGAUUUUCGGGGGUAUAUUUACUGUGGCGAAAGAAUAAAAAAUAUAGUUCUCUGCUAAGUAUUUGUCCCCGUUACAUCCCAGGCACCUGUGAACUGAACAAACUUAAAUGUGCUAAUGUCACAACUGAUACAGCUGUCACGGCAUGUUACGGCCUGAACAACACAUACUGUCAACACAGCAAUGUAACUUGUGUCCCCACUUUGCCGAGACAGGAUGCGGUCCUGGCCGAUGACUGGUACUGGUAUUGUGGGGAAGAAACCAUCUUAAACACUUACACCACCAAUUGGACUGGUCUUUGUACUGUGAUCCAAUUACAACACAUGGUCACUGUCAUGCAUCUUGCCAGACAAUCCGGAAGGGAACGAAGGUCAGUUCCCCAGGACAACGUACCCGACGAACACCAUAUGAGAUUACAGUGGACUAGAUUCUGGGAGGCUAUGAUUCCCAGUUUUGGCGUGGCAGAUGCCUUAAAACAGCAAGAGAUUAUGCAAUAUAGACUGACCUCUUUUAUUAACAGUAGCAUGGAUGCCAUUACUGGACCAGCUGUAAAGAAGAUGAAAAGGAUAUCAUCACAGGUUUAUGAGGAUGAGAUGAAGGAAAGAAAUAAUAAUUGGGGAUGGGGAUUUUUAGAAAGCCUGUUUGGAUCAUUGGCUCCAUUUGUCUCAAUGGUAGUACCGGUACUUAUUAUUUUCUUAUGUGUAUGUAUUUUUGGUCCAUGUCUUCUGAGAUGUUUUUAGAAUAUGGUAUGAUCCAGGCUCUUGUAAAAAAAAACAGAGCCUGGAAGAGGGGAUUGAAAGAAUUAUGCAUGUACUCACUCUUCAAAUAUUCUGUUGUUUUCUAACUGUUUCUUAUCUUGUUUUAAGUUUUCCCUGUACUAGGCGCCUUGACGUUGCGCCUUGACAUUUUUGAGCACUGGAUGAAAUUGUUCUGCUUAACUGAGCUGAAUAUUUGCACAUAUUCAGAGCCCAUGUAACCUUGAGUAUGAUGUAUAAAAGCUGGGAAUGCCCCAGUCUUCUACAGA